AUGACUCUGAUCCAAGAUGAAGUAAUAGCCAGAACUAUAAAUACAAUAGAUGGUGUAAAUUUUAUAACUCAACCUGCAAAAUCAGUUUCUUCAUCGUUUAAAAAUUUGGUAAAAAAUGCAAAUGUUUUGAUAAACUCAAAUGAUCCUUAUGCUGUGGUAGAAAAUUAUUUAAUAGACAGAUUCAACGUUCAAAAGGAUAAUGAAGAUCAAAAUCAAGGUGAUAUUGAGUUUGUUAGUAUAACUACAGAUGGAAAUACUUUGUUAAGAAAUUUACCAUUUUUAUCAUCAUCAUCUUUCAAGAAUAAUAAAAUUGUGAAUCAUGUAAGAAUAGAAAAUUUAGAUUAUCAUGUUGUGACAAGUUUGAAAGAUUUAAAGUAUCCUGUAUUAGUUUCACAAACUGCAAAUGAUAUUGAUCAAUUAUCGAAAUUGGCUUAUAAUUUGUCUGAAAAGUUAAAUACAUCUGUAUUCCAUUUUUACCCUGCUGAAUCAACUUACAAAUCUAAAGAAAGUAUUAAACAAUCAGAAGGUGUGUUAUUGAAGGAUUUGAACAAUUUAAGUUUUGAAAAAAUAUUGAAUGAUUUUGAUGUUCAGCCGUUUGAAAUUUUAAGUAAAUCUUCAAAACUGAAAAAUGCUUUGUUAUUUUUAGGUCAAAUUGAUGAUGAAUUGGUUAGGGUUGCAAAUAAGGAAAACGUAUUGCUUGUAAGUAUAAAACUUUAUCAACCAUUUUUAUUAAGUACAUUACUCAAAACCAUUCCUUCAAACGUGGAAACAUUAACAAUUGUUGAACAAUCAUCUAUCAAAUCUGCAUCAUUUUCACCAUUAUUGCUUGACUUUUUUUCAGAAUAUUCAAAAUUUCAAAGUUUAAAAAAUUUUACAAAGAUUGUAUCUGCAACAUUUGGACCAGUUGUAGAUUAUUCAAGGGCCAUUUCAAACUUGAUUUCAAACGUAGAAUCUGACAAGCCUUUACAAAAUUUGUUUUUUGGAGAUUCAAAAUCUGAUUUUGAAACAGAUUCAUAUAAACAUGAUAAAUCAGAAUACGUGAAUGCUGCUUCCGAAGCUUUUAGUUUAGAACAAGCAUAUUUGAAAGUUUUAACUCAAGUGAAUGAUACAAACUUGAAUAUUUUGAAUGAAUUCAAAGCUGAUAAUAUUGGUUUAGAAACUAAUCCAGAAUAUGGAUUUGGUUCAUUUUUGUAUGAGCAAGAACAACAAGAUAAUUUAAGUAAAUUGGUUCAAUCUGCUUUAAAAGAAAACAAUUUUCACACUCAAGACAAUGAAAAGUUGAUAGAUUUACUACUACAAUGGGUUUUACAAUCGCAACAAAAGGGUCAGGUUGAACAAAGAAUUGCUCAAGAAAUUGUUGAUUUGUUAAAAACUGACACCAAAUCAACUAUUGCGAAAGAACUUUUGGCUUUAUCCAAAUAUUUUUCAACUUUGAAAAAUUGGCUUAUUGGUUCAGAUGCCUGGUCGUAUGAUUUGGGUUCCUCAGGUGUUCAUAGUGUUAUCACAUCCGGUAAGAAUAUUAAUAUGUUGAUUAUUGACUCCGAACCAUUCAAUGAUAAGAAGAAUGAAAAAACUGUCAAUGGCUUCAGGAAGAAAGACGUUGGUUUAUAUGCUAUGAAUCAUGGAGAUUGUUACGUUGCAUCAGUGGCAGUGUAUUCAUCAUAUACUCAAGUAUUACAAGCUUUUAUUGAAGCCGACAAAUUCAAUGGGCCUUCCAUAAUCUUAGCAUACUUACCAUAUCACAAAGAAUCUGAUAAUACAUUAGAAGUAUUACAAGAAACUAAAAAGGCUGUUGAUACUGGAUUCUGGCCAUUAUAUAGAUAUGAUCCAUAUGCAGAAAAAGAAACUGAUGUUUUCAAGUUGGAUUCAUCUAAUUUAAGGAAACAACUCAAAGACUUUUUAGAUAAUGAAAAUAGAUUAACUAUGCUUGCCGCAAGAGAUCCAUUAUUAUCAAGAAAUUUAACAAGUAAUGCUAAUACGGAAAUUAAAAUCAAACAAGCUGAAAUAGCCAAUGAAUCAUAUGCUGCUUUAUUACAAGGUUUAUCGGGGCCACCUUUGACUAUUGCUUUUGCUUCUGAUGGUGGAAAUGCAGAAGCUGUUGCUAAAAAAAUUAAUAGGCAAGCAAUUGGCAGAGGUCUUAAGUCUGUUGUUUUACAAAUGGAUGAUAUCUCAAUGGAAGAUUUACCAAAUGAAACCAAUAUUGUUUUUGUUACUUCAACAGCUGGACAAGGUGAGUUCCCAAACAAUGGUAAACAAUUUUGGGAUGGUCUUAAAAAUUCGAAUGAUUUGGAUUUAUCAGGUAUAAAAUUCUCAGUUUUUGGACUAGGUGAUUCUCAAUAUUGGCCAAGAAAAGAAGAUAAACAUUAUUAUAAUAAACCUAGUAAAGAUUUAUUUGGUAAGUUAAAAUUAUACGGUGGUGUUGAACUUGCUGAAAUUGGAUUAGGUGAUGAUCAAGAUGCAGAUGGGUUUUCAACUGGUUUUAAUGAAUGGAUUGUCAAAAUCUGGUCAGCUUUGGGAGUUGAUAAUGUGGAAGGUGUCGAAGAACCAAAACCUAUAACCAAUGAAGAUAUGAAACUUGGAUCCGACUAUCUUAGAGGAACUAUAGCUGAGGGUUUACAGGAUGAAUCAACAGGAUCAAUUUGUGCAGUCGAUCAACAAUUGACUAAAUUCCAUGGUAUUUAUAUGCAAGAUGAUCGUGAUGUUAGAGAAGAACGUAAAGCGCAAGGUUUAGAACCUGCUUAUGCUUUCAUGGUUAGAGUGAGAUUACCUGGUGGUGUUGCAACUCCUAAGCAGUAUUUGAAAAUGGAUGAAUUAGCUGAUGAAAGAGGAAAUGGUACACUUAAAUUGACUACUAGAGCUACUUUUCAAUUACAUGGUGUCGUAAAACAUGAUUUAAAACCAGCAAUAAGAGGUAUGAAUGCUGCUUUAAUGGAUACUUUAGCUGCAUGUGGUGAUGUCAAUAGAAAUGUUAUGGUUUCUGCUUUACCUGAAAAUGCUAAAAUACAUGGACAAGUUUCAGAAGUGGGAACUUUAAUAUCAAACUAUUUGUUGCCAAACACAACUGCAUAUCAUGAAAUAUGGUUAGAAGGAGAAAUGCCAUCUGAUAAACCAGGUGAUAGAGAAGCUUGGGAGAAUCGUAAGGAUGGACCAACUAAAAAGAAAACAUUGAUUGCAGGUAAUGUUUUAGCUGAUGUUGAACCUCAAUAUGGAGUUACUUAUUUACCAAGAAAAUUUAAAAUUGUUAUUACAGUUCCACCAUAUAAUGAUGUAGACGUUUAUGCACAUGAUAUUGGUUUAAUUGCAAUUGUUGAAAAUAAUGAUGUUAUAGGUUUUAAUGUUUUAGCUGGUGGUGGUAUGGGUUCCACUCAUAACAAUAAAAAAACUUAUCCAAGAACUGGUUCAAUGUUUGGAUUUAUUAAGAGAGAUCAGAUUCAUAUUGCUUGUGAAAAAAUCAUGUUAGUUCAAAGAGAUUAUGGUGAUAGAACUAAUAGAAAACAUGCUAGAUUAAAGUAUACUAUAGAUGAUUUAGGUAUAGAUGUGUUCAAGUCAAAAGUUGAAGAAUUAUUAGGUUAUAAAUUUGAUGAACCAAAACCAUUCAAAAUUGAAAAUAAUGUUGAUCAUUUUGGUUGGUGUAAGGAUGAAUUAGGUUUUAAUCAUUUUACUGCAUUUAUUGAAAAUGGUAGAAUUGAAGAUACACCUGAAUUACCACAAAAAUCCGGUUUAAGAGAAAUUGCAAAUUAUUUACAAACAAAUAACAAGUCAGGUGAAUUUAGACUAACAGGUAAUCAACAUAUUGUUUUAUCAAAUAUUAAAGACGAGGAUUUAUCAGUUGUAAAACAAUACUUAGCUAAAUAUAAAUUAGAUAACACUGAAUUUUCAGCAUUAAGAUUAUCAUCGGCUGCUUGUGUUGCUUUUCCAACUUGUGGUUUAGCUAUGGCUGAGUCUGAACGUUAUUUACCAAAAUUAAUUACUAAGUUAGAGGAAGCAUUAGAAGGUUACGGAUUAAGACAUGAUUCAGUAGUCAUGAGAAUGACUGGUUGUCCAAAUGGUUGUGCAAGACCAUGGGUUGCAGAAGUUGCAUUGGUUGGAAAAGCUUAUGGUGCUUAUAAUUUGAUGUUAGGUGGUGGUCAUCAUGGUCAAAGAUUGAAUAAAAUUUAUAGAUACUCCAUUAAAGAAGAUGAAAUAUUAAAAAUAUUGACCAAUUUAUUUGAAAGAUGGAGCAAAGAAAGAGAUGAUGGUGAACCGUUCGGUGAUUGGUGUAUUAGAUCAGGAGUUAUCAAAGAGACUACUGAGGGUAAAUACUUCCAUGAAGAUAUACCUGAGGAAGCCUAA